CGUGCGGCAGUGGCCGCCGCCAUGACUGCAGGGUCGCGCGCACCCUUGCUGGCCAUCGCUCUAUUUGCAGCGCUUUAUUCAGGAUGGUGCUCAGAGGACGAAGAACGACUAGUCCGGGAUCUUUUCCGAGGCUACAACAAACUUAUCCGCCCUGUGCAAAAUAUGACACAAAAAGUCGAUGUUCGGUUUGGCCUGGCUUUUGUGCAGUUGAUUAAUGUCAACGAAAAAAAUCAAAUCAUGAAAUCGAAUGUUUGGCUCCGGCUCGUAUGGAUGGAUUACCAACUAAUGUGGGACGAAGCUGACUACGGUGGUAUUGGUGUGCUAAGACUUCCCCCUGACAAAGUUUGGAAACCAGACAUCGUACUUUUUAACAAUGCUGACGGCAAUUAUGAAGUUCGAUAUAAAUCGAACGUCCUAAUUUAUCCCAACGGAGAAGUUUUGUGGGUUCCUCCAGCUAUUUACCAGAGCUCAUGUACUAUCGACGUAACCUAUUUUCCAUUUGAUCAACAAACUUGUAUCAUGAAAUUUGGAUCCUGGACUUUCAACGGCGACCAAGUGUCACUCGCGUUAUACAAUAAUAAAAACUUUGUUGACCUGUCUGACUAUUGGAAAUCUGGUACUUGGGAUAUAAUCGAAGUGCCGGCGUAUUUAAAUAUAUAUGAAGGCAAUCACCCAACUGAAACUGAUAUAACGUUUUACAUAAUAAUAAGAAGAAAAACCUUGUUCUAUACCGUGAAUUUAAUAUUACCAACUGUUUUGAUAUCAUUUCUUUGUGUCCUUGUCUUCUACUUACCUGCUGAAGCUGGAGAAAAAGUCACAUUGGGAAUAAGCAUUCUUUUGUCACUGGUUGUGUUUUUACUUUUAGUAUCAAAAAUUCUUCCGCCGACAUCGCUUGUAUUACCACUUAUCGCAAAGUAUCUUCUAUUCACCUUCAUAAUGAAUACUGUCAGUAUACUUGUUACUGUUAUAAUUAUCAACUGGAAUUUUAGAGGACCUAGAACACAUAGAAUGCCACUUUGGAUUCGAAGCGUUUUCCUGCACUACUUACCAGCGUUACUGCUCAUGCGACGACCACGUAAAACACGUCUGCGUUGGAUGAUGGAAAUGCCUGGAAUGGGAGCUCCACCGCAUGCGGCUGCUCCUCACGAUUUACCAAAACAUAUAAGUGCAAUCGGAGCUAAGCAAAGCAAAAUGGAAGCAAUGGAACUUUCUGACCUGCAUCAUCCGAACUGUAAAAUAAAUCGAGCGUCUGGUGGGGGUGGUGAAGUUGGAGCACUUGGGAGCUUAGGAGCUCUUGGCGGUCUUGGACUUGGCGAAAGAAGAGAAUCGGAAAGCUCUGAUUCUUUACUUCUGUCCCCUGAAGCCGCUAAAGCUACUGAAGCAGUGGAAUUUAUUGCAGAACAUUUACGCAAUGAAGACCUUUAUAUUCAGACACGAGAAGAUUGGAAAUACGUUGCUAUGGUAAUCGACAGAUUGCAGCUGUACAUCUUCUUUUUCGUUACUACUGCUGGCACAGUUGGUAUUUUAAUGGAUGCCCCGCAUAUCUUCGAAUAUGUCGAUCAAGAUCGUAUCAUAGAAAUAUAUAGAGGAAAAUAGGUUGAUCAUUAUUUUUAUUAAUUUGCAUAAUAAUAGACGUCACUGUAUUACCGACAAUUAAUUUAGAAAUUGUUAAUAAAACCUUUCCUAGCAAAGUUAAGUAUCUUAGAUUCAUACAGGCAUUAUAAUUAUAUUAAACAUACGAAAUAACAUUUAGCAAAUUAAAUACUAAUUAUUUAAAUGUUACAUUUCCUCUCAAGGCAGUAUACUAAAUUAAGGCUUAAAUAUAUAGUUAUAAACUUAAGGAUUAAAUGUUUCGAUAUUUGAUGAUGAAUAAGGCCAUUGGCUUAUUUAUUGCUCAGCUAUAUAAAACACAGUUGGCAAAUUGUAUUGUAAUAGAAAUUGAAAUUUUAGAUAAUAUGUUAUAAUUAUCACAAUGGAAAGUAACUUAAUUUAAGAUAAUACUAACUCAUAGAAUUAUAAAAUGGCUGUGUUCGAUGUUUAUAAAAGCACAAUAUUAAUGAAUUAAUAGAAUUUUAUGUAGUUUUGUAUUAUUGUCAUCUUCAACUAAAUUCAGUACUAUUAAGUAUUCAUCCUAAACCCUAGGAUUAUCUAAUUACAGGCGUAGAAAUAAGUAAAUAUCUGACCUUAAAAUUAAAGAUGACUUAUCUAUACAAAAAUAAAUGUUUCUUUAAUUUGCUGUUUUUUUUAAAUUUAUUUGUGAAAUUAAUGAACAAUAAAUUACAUAUAAUUUAUACUUUACAAAAAUCUUACAAUUAGCCUAUGAUAGUUAUAAUUUUACGACAAAAAUUUAAAAUAUUAUUACUUUCCCAAAUAUUUUUUUAGAAAUUUUAUUUGUAAUUUGUACUUACUACAUGUAAACAUAUAGUACAUAUUGUUAAAUAAUGUUUUGUGAAAAAUAUCUUCCAAAUUUCUCUUGUAAGUACUUUACUUUAUUAAAAAUUUAUCUUUAAGUAUAUAUAACGCUUUGUACUAAUAUUUUAUUCAGUGUAUACACAUAGAAAAUAUGUACAUAGUUAUGUUGUUUUUAUAUUCCAUUAAUAAAACAAUUUCUGUUAUAUCACAAGUCA